AUGAAGGCAAUGAGGCGGGCUCGUCGAAAUCAGGUCAAGUUCCCGAACUGGAGCGAAGGGUGGAGGUAUGAGGGGCAAGAAGGAGCGGGAAGGGGAUUAUCAAACAAUGAUAAAAGUCCUCCCACGCAUUCGACUUUUGCUUCCCGCCUUUUCGGCAACACGUUCUUUGAAGUUAUCGUCGGAAUAACUUGGCCAGAACAUGCUACGAAGAUGUUCAAAAAAGCCUUCGUUGUCCGCACGAUCGCCUUUGUGGGGAUCGAACCCACACCCCCUGGCGCAAGAGGCAGGUCCACUACCCGCUACGGCAAUCGCGUCGUCAAAUUGGUU